AUGAACAUUCAAAUUUUUAUCUUUGACUUCAAGAGAGAACGUUUUUGGUGGCGGAGAUUGCUUAUCCAUUUUUCCCAACUUUCCUGGCUAGACCACUGUUGUAGGUGCUACCGUAGAUAUCAUUUCUUUACGUGCCGUACAUUUCCGAUCGCAUCAGUUCGCAAAUUUUGGCCGCAGCAACGACUGAUUUUUUACGAUAUUGGUCUCAAUGAAACAAAUUUGUCAUUCAUAAAAAAUCUGUGCAAUGUCAUUUAUCGGAAAUUCAAUUUCUCAGCAUAUCCAGAAUACGUACGAGAUCUGUAUCAGUAUCGAUGGAAAGUGCUAAUCAUUGCUGUAAGCAAAUACAUCAUCAGCUGCGUUGCCUGUGUAUGUAUGUACAUAUAUAUGUAUGUAUGUAUGUAUGUAUGUAUGUAU